GGAACAGUGACCCUUGGAAUUUCUUGCCUUUUCCAGCCCAACGCAGAAGAGAAGCUGUCUUGAAAUUUCUGAACUCAAAUGCUCCCCAAAGCUUGAAAGUGGAGGAAUUCAGAGCCACGAGGAGCAGACAGUGCAUCCAGAAGCCUUUAUCUUCUGAGUGGCAAGUCUCCAGCUUACAAAGAGAGAGUUCUGCCCAGGGCGAGCCUGGGCUCUUCUGUCUUGGCUGAGCAGGACUGAAGCCAGGAGCUGAUCUCAGGAUCCUGCUGCAAAGGGGGUGUGUGAGCAAAGAGAAGAGUUUAGCCUCUCAUCAGAGGAAUGGAUAACGUGCUCCCAGUGGACUCAGACCUGUUCCCAAACAUUUCCACCAACACCUCGGAGCCCAACCAGUUCGUGCAGCCAGCCUGGCAAAUUGUCCUCUGGGCAGCGGCCUACACAGUCAUUGUGGUGACCUCGGUGGUGGGCAAUGUGGUGGUGAUGUGGAUCAUCUUGGCUCAUAAGAGAAUGAGGACAGUGACCAACUAUUUUCUGGUCAACCUGGCCUUCGCGGAGGCCUCCAUGGCUGCCUUCAAUACAGUGGUGAACUUUACGUAUGCUGUCCACAACGAGUGGUACUAUGGCCUGUUCUACUGCAAAUUCCACAACUUCUUCCCCAUCGCUGCUGUCUUUGCUAGCAUCUACUCCAUGACCGCCGUGGCCUUUGAUCGGUACAUGGCCAUCAUCCAUCCCCUCCAGCCCCGGCUGUCAGCCAUGGCCACCAAGGUGGUCAUCUGUGUCAUCUGGGUUCUGGCACUCCUGCUGGCCUUCCCCCAGGGCUAUUACUCAACCACGGAGACCCUGCCCAAUCGAGUGGUGUGCUUGAUCAAGUGGCCAGAAUAUCCCAACAAGAUUUAUGAAAAAGUGUACCACAUCUGUGUGACAGUGCUGAUCUACUUCCUUCCCCUGCUGGUGAUCGGCUAUGCAUACACUGUUGUGGGAAUCACGCUGUGGGCCAGCGAGAUCCCUGGGGACUCCUCUGACCGUUACCACGAGCAAGUCUCUGCCAAGCGCAAGGUGGUCAAGAUGAUGAUCGUCGUGGUUUGUACUUUUGCCAUCUGCUGGCUUCCUUUUCAUAUCUUCUUCCUCCUGCCCUACAUCAACCCUGAUCUCUACCUGGAGAAGUUUAUUCAGCAGGUCUACCUGGCCAUCAUGUGGCUGGCCAUGAGCUCCACCAUGUACAACCCCAUCAUCUAUUGCUGCCUCAAUGACAGGUUCCGCCUGGGCUUCAAGCAUGCAUUCCGGUGCUGCCCCUUUAUCAGUGCUGGCGAUUAUGAGGGGCUUGAAAUGAAAUCCACCCGAUACCUCCAGACCCAAGGCAGUGUGUAUAAAGUGAGCCGCUUAGAGACCACCAUCUCUACAGUGGUAGGGGCCCACGAGGAGGAGCUGGAGGAUGGCCCCAAGGCCACACCCUCAUCCCUGGACCUGACCCCCAAUGGCUCCUCUCGAAGUGAUUCCAAGACCAUGGCAGAAAGCUUGAGUUUCUACUCCAACAUGCUCUCCUAGACUACAGGGCUUUCAUUAAGAGCAACCACCACCAUCUUUGUCUUUCUUCAUGCAUGGAUAAUUCCUUCAUCUGGAAACCAUCAGAAACAGCCUAACAUUGAGGUCUGUGGCAAGGAUCAGAGGGUUUAGGGGAAAUGUUCCAUCCUAGAGUCAAAAAAACCUGGCUCCUUCCAUGUCUUUGCCACACUAUGUGAUUCAAGAUAAAUCACCGAACUUCUCUCAGCCUAUAAAAUGGAAAGGCUGGACUGCAAACCAUUCUGUGAUUCCAGAAUUUAAAAUGGUUGUACAUAAGCACGCAUUUCAGGAUGAACUCUGCAAUGUAGCAGCCCCAACUCACCAGUUUUCCUGCAGUACCUAUCUUAUAUAAAGUCAUUCUCAGAUGUGCUCAGAUUAUCCUCUUAAGCUGGUGGCUCACAUCACAUCAGCUCUCAGUGAUGUGAAUGAAAGAAGUAAACACAAGAAAUCUGAG